GGCAUAACGUUACUGUCCAUUUACCAACAGCCCCGUGUUACUGAAACAUGGAGCAGACGUUUCUCCUCUGGACUAUAUAGCGAAACUUUAUUCGGAUUCAUCAGACAGUAGUGGGAUACAUCUUAAAUGAGAAUGAUGCAGAAUUGUGUUUGUAAGUGACACCGGAACCAUGACUCCACCACCACCGCCGCCGCCGCCUCCACCUCCUCCACCACCCCCUCCACCUCCUGCCCCCUUCCCUGGUGGCGGCCAAUUCACCAGAGGUCCAACACGGGCCUCUACAAUGCGUAAUUUUAAUUGGGAGCCCAUACCCAAGAACAAUGUGCUGGGCAAAACUAACAUCUGGACUGAGAAGAACAGGGAGUUUGAGUUGGACACCAAACGUAUGGAAGAGCUGUUCAGCCGUGUUGACCAGAAACAAGUCCAGAGCUCAAACCGCCGAAGUAUACGCCAAUCUCCAACCAAUGCCCCUGGAACUGAAAUGGUGUCCAUUCUCAAUGCCAAGAAGAGCAUGAACAUUGGUAUUUUCCUCAAGCAGUUCAGAAGGUCAGUGAAUGGAAUGAUUGAGGACAUAGUCAAUGGCAGAGGUGACAAAUUUGGACCUGGGAAACUGAAGGAGAUGUGCAAACUGCUGCCAGAGGAAGGCGAGGUUCGUCAACUUCGUGAUUUUAAAGGAGACCAUUCAGCUCUCUCAGAGGCUGAUCGGUUUAUGGUGCAACUUGUCAAAGUUCCUUGUUAUGAGGAACGGUUGAACUGUUUAGUGCUUAAAGAGGAGUUCCCCCAUUUUAUGGAUGAGGUCAACCACGCUACUGCAGUCAUGACCUCUGCUGGACGGGAACUGUUGGAUUGUGCUGAUCUCCAUUCAGUCAUUCGCCUAGUCUUGAAAACGGGCAACUAUAUGAACUCUGGAGGCUACGCUGGCAGCGCCGUGGGCUUUCGCAUAACAUCACUACUCAAACUAGCGGAUACCAAAGCCAACAAACCUGGAAUGAACCUCAUGCACUAUGUUGUGAUGCAAGCCCAGAAAAUUGAUGCCUCACUGCUGAAGUUUCCAGAGCAGCUACAAAACAUUGGAGAUGCAGCGAGGAUUCAUAAGCAGGAAAUUGAGGCUGAUUUCCAAAAAGAAAUGAGUAAAGUCCAGAAGUCUAAGGAGAAUGCUAGUAAACAGCCGGAUCUGGAGGAACAGAUGAAGGAUUUUCUGCAGAAUGCAGAGACACGAAUUCAGGAGACGGAGGAAUCCUUUAAGAUGCUUUCAGCCGUGAGUGAUUCAGUGGCGCAGUAUUUCUGCGAGGACCCCACUCAGUUUAAACUAGAGGAGUGUUGCUCCAUUUUCUACUCUUUCUGUGAGAAGUUCAAACGAGCAGUCCAGGAGAACCUCGAUCGAGACAUACUGGAAGUGAAGCGCAGGCAGCGAGAGGGUUCUCAAAAUGCAGCCAAGCGACGCUCCACUGCCACCUGCUCCUCACGAGACAAGGACAUUGAAGGAGCUGCUCUGGAGUCCAUCCUACAGAGGUUCAACAGUCGCCAGUCCCGUCGCAGAGCAGGAAACGCUUCACCCACGCUGGGGAGCCUUACUGACACCCUCCAGGAGAAUCGUCCUGCUGACAGGGCGGUCAAGAGGGACAGCUGGAUCAAAGCUGUCCUGCAAUCCUCCGUGAUCAAGGAGAGCUUUGAAAAUGACGAGAUGCCUAAAAACCCACAGAUUACAAUCUCAAGCCCAGCGCAUGAAACCCCCAAUACCCCCAAUUCUAAAGUCAAUCAGAGACUUUCUGUAACAACAGAGCAGGAGGAGGACGAUGUUCAGACUGAGAAGGAGGUGCGCAAUAUGAGAGAGGUGUCCAGGAAAGUUUUACAAUACCAAUCUAGUAAAAGCAGCAUUUCAUCUGGCGAGGCCCUUUCACCGCUCCUGUCCCCACGCCAGACGUUCUUCCAGGAAGACAGAAGACAGCUGCUCAUCGUAGCCAUAGAAGAAAACACCGCUAACUCCAACUCUCUGCUGCAAAACAACCUAAUCAUCAACCGCCGGCACACAAUCUCACUGCCCGAAGCCAACUGUGGAAACGCCAGCCAAGAAGACAUAUUUGUGCCGUGCGAUCUGAAUGCAUCUCCGGCUCCCUCUAUAGAUGUUAUUGGGAAGGUGAAAUCUUUGGAUAGUGCUAUGUUUUCCACACAACAAAACUCAAAUAAAGUUAAAGACUCAAAUUCACAAAAUGAAUCACAAUCCGUUGGAUCACCACAAUUACAAAUAUCAGAGGCAAAGACUGAAGACACAGUGCCUAACUUGCAGUUUAAUGGUGGGAAGAGAAACAGCCAGACAGCAUCCUUUAAAAGCGCUAAAGAAGGCUUCAGCUUUAUGUCUUUAUUUAAGCGCUGGAGGGAAAAGGACAAAUCAAAAGAGCUCGAUUCUGACAGUGUGGACCCAUGAUUUAAAAACCUAUAUAUAUUUAUUCAGACAUUUCUGGAAAGCAAGUUUGGUGCUUCGUGAUGGAUUACUUCCAUGUAGGCAUGGGACGAUAACCGUUUUCAAGGUAUACCUCGGUUCGGAAUAGCCAAGGUUUUAAAAACCGCAAACAUUUUCUGUAAUACUGUUACUAAGGUAUGUGUACGAUUUUUUUAUUUACAUUUUUUAGGACAACAGUAUCUCCAGCAGAAAAAAAAAAUCCAAAGAUGCUGUUUUAAAUUGUAAAGAAAUCUGUGUUUUUGAAACAAAUGAAGACAGCAGAAGUCAGUGAUUUAUUUGAAUUAUUUAGCCUGACAUGUUUACUGCUAAAAUAUAUUAUAAAUCUUUUUAAAAAAUCUAAUAUAUUGUUUUUAAAGGGUAAACAAGUUUUUGUUUUUUUACCCAGACAUUUUAAAAGAAUUUAUUUUAGAGCAGUAAUCACAAUACCGUGAAACCGUGAUAUUUUUAUCCAAGGUUAUAUCAUACCGUCAGAAUCUUAUACCGGCCCAUGCCUACUUCCAUGUCAUAUUCUAUUUUAAAAAGCAAGAGUUUAAAGGUGUGGAAAACAGUAAGUUUCACCUGCAGUGCUCUUUAUGCAACACAAGGGGGCAGUACAUGACAUAUAUCAAUGAUUCCGACUGCAGUAAAAUGUGUCUCAAAUGGGUUUUGUUUUUUGUUUUUUUGCUCAUUUGUGAUUCGAGUCUAUUUUGUGACUGUGAAAUCUGUGAACAGCACGAACCACCUGCAAUCUGAUCUUUUCAAUUUUUAUUUUAGCCACUUUUAUUUAGCCACAAUAUGUGGUCUUAAAGUUGAUGUCACCACAGAAGAUCAGUUUGUACAGUGUGUGUGCCUAUAUCAGGGGUGGCCAAUUUUUUUUCGUAUAAUGGGCCAGAAACCAAAUAUCAUUAUGAGCCGUGGGCUGAAGUUAAAUAAAAAAAAAAAACGAUAUUAUAUUCAAGUUGCCAUGGGGAAUUUCCUAAUUUAUUUUAAAUUAUUUAAAAAUAAAUAACAAAACAUUACUUUAACAUAAAUUGUAUAAACUAAUGCAGUAUAACUUAUAAAAUUAUAAGUAUAACAGUGAACAGUGGAGUUCAAUGCUGAAUACACUAGUCAAGCAUCUGCCUUUGCCUCAAAUUGCUCACUAGGUCUCUGCAUUGUCCUCCAUCCACCAGGUGACAGUACGUACAUCUAAACUAAAUCUGAUUAGUUUACAAUCUUUAAUUGAAAGAUUUAAUUUCAGUUAGCUUUUAACAAUAAAACAAACAAAAGUUUACAACAGAUUUGAAAUGACAAUUUCUAAACCAUCUCCAUUAUUCUUCCUCUCUUCUCAGAUGGGAGAUUCAAAUCAAAUGUUACCAUGAGCCUACUUUGAACCGCGGGCCCUAGUUUGGGCAUCUCUGACCUAUAUAAAGUAUAUAUAGUAGUCAGCAAUUGAAGUGGGUCUUAACCUUUUAUUAAAAUUGCCCUAAAACUACUGAACAAUACAAAUUCUUGUCUUAUUGAUGAAAAUUUUUAAAAACAUUUUUGAUCCAUUUCAAAUGUUGAC